UACAUACCUAGGAUCUGUGUUGAAUGAAUGAGGCCACUAGCAGAAAAUAAGCUUUCUAAUAGAAAAGGCGACAGCAGUAUUUUCCAGGAGAUCAUCUAUAUUUUAAGAGCUAUUCCUCGACCAUGACAACUAGAGUGCCUCUGCUUCGAUGUGGCUAUACAAGUGGAUCCCUAGAUUUCAUGGGUGGAUCAUAAAACGAACGAACGAGGAAAUUCUUCGUUUGAAGAAUAAAUCCACGAUAAUACCUAAUACCUACACGGCCUGGACCGAAGGAGAAUUUCAUGGCUGAAAAACCUAAGGACCUGGUUUUCUACAGCGACCACAUCACUUUUCACAUCGGCAGUCGACAAGAUCAAAACAGCAAGGAUUGUUGCCAACAUUCGGACUGGAUAGGCAAUGAAAGAAGAAGAUCAUGGAUAAAAUAGCAGCUCGACUUUCUUUAUGAUUAUGUCAUUCAUUAUUGACAUUUGUACUAUUAAUCACAUGCUUGUAAGAUUAAUUUGAUAUUAUGGCUGAAGAAAAACCCCCAGAAGCAGCUCCACCACCAGAAUCUAGUGAGCAAGCUCCUGUUGAUACAACACCUGCAGCUGCACCUACUGACACGAGUGUUCAGGAUCAUGUUCAACCACUCAAAGGCGAUGAUCAGGAAAAACCUCAACAACCUGAAGCAAAACAAGAAACACUAGAAUUGGCUGGAAGGAAAAAGAGUAUAGAAGAAAAAAGAAAAGAAUCAAUACAGGAGCGAAGAAGGAGUACAUUGAAAGAAAGAUCUGAAUCUUUGAACAGCAGGGCCAAGUUGGUUCUUGGAAGUAUAAUUUCAAUCAAAAAAUCUGAUACGGUUGGAGAUUUGGGAGGAGAAAAGGGUAAAUCUGCUCGUUUUAUGAAUACUUACAAAUUAGACUCUGACAAACCAUUCAACGCAGAAAAGGUGCAGAAGAUUCUUGAAGAAAUUCUACUUGAAGCUCUUGAAGGUCCCUACGAUGAAGUGAAAUGCCCGAUAAAGGCUAAACAAGCAUCUGCUGCUAUACGAGCUAAAAUCAAAGAAUUAGAAUUCGAUAGAUUCAAAUUGGUGUGCAUUGUCACGAUUGGAGAAAAGCAUAACCAAGACGUUAUGAUUGCUUGCAGAUUCCUUUGGGAUGUGGAGAGAGACCGAUUUGCAAUGUUCUCUCAUGAAACCAGUCAUGUCUUUGGGGUGGCACUAUGUUUUGGACUGUAUUAUGAAUAAAAACCAUAAAUAUUUGUA